GAGGGACAAGAUUUAACCAAUGACGGGCGCGGUUCCUCAUCCUGUUAUGGUUGAGGUAAGAUGCUGUGAUGGUGUUCUGUACGGAAUGAUCAGGGUUACUUCCUCUAUUACUGCUCGGGAGUAAACAAUGGCGGACUGGAAGACUGGCCCUCGCACAGUACUGGAGAACAUUGCUGCAGCACCAGGAAAUAACCAACUGUUCCAGAUUUCAGAAAUGGCCGCAACAGGUGACUCGACGACAAGUGCAACGACUCCUCGCCAGCUGCAACAUAUUAAUAACUUAACACCUAUGCAUAUGGUAGAACUGGAUCAGAAACCACCAAAAAUGCAAACAGAUUUAGCCCCUUCAAGAAUAAAAGACGUACACACGAGUGAUCUCCCGCAAGAAAUCAAAGAAGAAGUUGUCAAGGUUGAGGAAGACAUUUCAGAUGAAGUUACAGAUGUUGAUCCUGUUAUAGACAUUAUGAUUAAUAAUGUUGUAAGUUCCUUCUCCGUUAGUUGCCACCUUGAUCUAAGGAAUAUUGCCAGAACAGGAAAUAAUGUGGAAUUUCGACGGGAAAAUGGAAUGGUCACAAUGAAAAUUCGGAGGCCGCCCACCACUGCAUCUAUAUGGUCAUCAGGGAAGAUUACGUGUACAGGCUCCACUUCAGAAAUCCAGGCUAAAACAGCAGCGAGGCGUGUUGCACGAGCUAUCCAAAAAUUAGGAUACAAUGCCAAGUUCAAAAAUUUUAGAAUUGUUAAUGUAUUAGGGACUUGCACCAUGCCAUUUGCUGUGAAGAUUACUCCGUUUUCUCAAAAAUUCAGAAAUAGAGCCAGUUAUGAACCAGAGCUGCAUCCUGGCGUCACGUAUAAGAUUGAUCACCCAAAGGCAACGCUGAAAAUAUUUUCAACUGGAAGUAUUACUGUGACAGCUCCCAGUGUAAACAAUGUACAGAGUGCCAUAGAGCACAUAUAUCCCUUAGUAAAUGAAUUUGGAAAGGCACGCACUGAAGAAGAAAUGGCCGAAUACUGGCACCUCAAGGCUAGACGGCAGUUAUUACAUGACGAUGGGCACGAUUCGGAUUCUGAUAUUCCAGCCGACCUUUGGAACUAAGAUCUGUAGUUUUGUAUGAUAGGUGUUGAAUACUGUUAAUCACCAAAUAAGAAAACUCAUCUGCAAUCAUCAAGCAUAUCACAGCAGUAUAUAUGGUGUUAAUUGAGUUUUGUAUAUCACAUCAUUCAUAUUUUUACAUUCACUCAGCCUUCUGUAACAUAAUAUUAGGUUGGUGCCAACCAAGGUUACUUUAGCUAGUCAUAAGGCCAAACAAAAAUAUUUUUGUGUUUCCGGUAAAGAGCAAAAAAUGAGGAGGCUAGCACAUGAAAAUUUUAGAAGUUUGGCUGCAAAGACAUUUUAUUGUAAAAUUAUUCACCUGUUGCUUUUUAUUUUGUUCAUUGUUAUAAAAUUAAAAUGAAUAACAAGUUUGAUGAGUAGAUGAUUAAUGGAUUUUUGUAUCUAUUUGUUAUAUUUAAUUGACUAUCUUUCUCAAGAGCUGUUAUCUGCAGUGUGAAAAUUUUCUUUAAAAGAAGGAAAUUUAGAGCUGUUUGCAACUGAACUAAAGAACUGAAAAAAGGCAUUAAUAAUUUAACCUAUAUUUUAAAAGGAGUUAACAUUAUCAGUAAAGCACAUUUAAAGCAGUUGACAAGUGCAUGCUGCUGUAAAAGCAGUCACAGUUUGAAUUAUGAAAAUAAUCCCAGUAUGUACUAUAGUGUGGUUACUGGAGUAAAGUAGGGUAAGGCAGUGGGUGUUCGUGCUCCACUACUUCUGUCUUCCUUGUACCAGCUUUCUUAUUAUUACUUUUUUUUUUCUGUUAAUAUUUCCUUGUCAACUGCUUUAUUUGUAAUCUAACCAGCAUGCAAAAUAGGUUUGAGCUUUGCCAUUGGGUCCUGCAGCACUCAUCACCUUGCCCAAAAGACGUAAACAUUGUGUUGGUAACCACACUGUCAAGUUUGACAUCUAGGCAGGUUAACUUGCUUGUCAAACUUUAAUAGGCCCCAGACAUUUCAUUUGAUGUAAAUAGUUUGCUCUCAUGCCUUACCCACUGUAGUGGUGUCCAACUAUUGAGAAGGGUAUGCAAAUUCAAAUCAUAACAAAUUUAAUACAAACACAAUGCAUGAGACAUUAGGAUUAAGGAUUAAAAUUCCUUGCAUCAAAGCACCCUAAUUUCAGUCUUCUCUCGGUUCCUUCAUCAUAGUUCCUCCCACAUGAUAAAAUGAACUUGGCUGUAUUUGUUUUUACUCCUGAAAUUAUUUCACAACUAUCUAGCUUAGUAAUAUCCUGUAUCAGGAUGUUACUAUGCACCAAAGAGUAGGAGUUUUAUACAGUUGACGUGGGAAACAUUUACACCCAUUAACUAAAUUCACACAAGUUGAACAUUCCAAAUGAAUGGUUAACCCCCCAGAGAAUCUCGAGUAUAUUCUCUUCAUACAUUAAGAAUAAACUGUAAAACUGCAUUUGUGUAAAUGACUAACUCCUUACGAUGAGGGUUUGCACCCAACAUAAUAAACUCGUGACAAUACAGCAGUUUCAUAGUGUAUAAUUUGUAAAUCUCGUGCAGAUUUCUAUAAAUGUAGUCUGAAUGCAUUAUAGACUUGUACUAAUGGACUACAUAACUACUUCAUUAGUGACAAAUUAAACCCACCACUUUCCCUUCCAGCUAGCCUUUAUUAGCACAUGUCUUGCAGAUUGACUAAUACUUGUCUGCAAAAGCUCCUCAAAUAUAGUUUAAAGAGAAGGCCAUGUUCAGUAAGCGACACUGAGAAAGUAAAAACAUAUAACCGAGAUGAGUACGCAUUUUGUGUACAGUAUAUAUUAUACUACGGUUUAUAUAUUAUGUAAUAUAUAUAUAUAUAUAUAAUAAUAUAAUAUGUUGCAUAUCUUGUAUUAUUAUAUAAACUGUACAUGCUGUGUAUACAUAUGGAAUAUAGGCAAAUUACAUGGCAAAUGCAGAUACACAAUGAGUAUGACCCAAGUUUGUAUAAAGAACAUUAUUUUAUUUCGGUUCUCUUUGUCAUAAACAGAAUCUAAAAUUCGCAACAAGGCAGAAAUAGACGUAUAAUACAGUCAUGAUAAAAAGGAACAUUGUACAAUUAAUUCCAAAUCGGUAUAAAAAGAUAUAAAAUGAAUCCUGUAUCAAUCUGCAGCUGGAAAAUUUUAUAUUAAUCAGACCUACAAACACAUUCUAAUUGGCCUAAUAUCAGGAUGUAAAUAAAUGAAUCGGUGUUUAGUCUUAUCUGGACCCAGUAGCUUCUACAUGGAACUAUUAGGAUUAAGGUCAUCUGAUUUUGGUUUAAAUUCAUAAGCACUCAUUUGAUCGAAGGAGGAUGUGAGUUUUAUCUUAUUUCAUGGCUAUCAAAAUUCUUAACACCGCAAAAAAAAAAAAUGAUCUGUUUCAGUAUUGCUAAUUUGUUAGUUUCUUGCUUAGACAAGCCCCAAAUCAUCACUUUAAUCAUGGAAUCGCAAUUCAUCCAGCACACCUGUGUGAAAUUUCAAAAUAUAGAUUUGCAUUAUAAAAUAUGACUGACUAAUAAUGAAGAUGUCACUGCCUCAUUGUAUAAUUUUCACAACUUGUCACAAACAAAAAAAAACAACUUUUAAGUCUUGGUUUGUGAUCCAAAGGUGCUGUUGCCUCGUAAGUGUAACUAAUGCAAGGCGAAAUACUUUGAUAGCAUGUACAUAGCUAGAGCUAACAUUGAGAGAUUAAGGGUUCAAAGGAACAGCAAUUGACCUAGGUCUUGACUGAAAAAUGUAAACUUAACAAGAAUGCUUUAACCAAAUUAUUUGGAAUAUGGCACUAAAUAAAUGGUUUGUUUGUAUAUUGUAAUGCACUCAAGUUGAAACAAUACAAUUUUAUUUUUAAUGCCGCCUUCAUUCACUUUCUCACCUGUGAGUCCAUAAUCCCAGAGCGAAUUCAAAUCCUGGCAAAAUACUCUUUAGUUAUUGAGUGAACCUGCAAUAAAUAUUGUAUAGGCUUUGAUAAAUCUAUAACAUGUUGCCAUCUAUAUAACACCAUUGCUGUUUAUACAUGAUGCCAUCACAAGUGGUCUUUUCUGUGUGACCAGGCAUGAAGUUUGGAUUUGUCACUUGCGAUCAUGUGUAAUUAUAAUGAGUACUGUACUGUAUACGUGACUUGCAAAACUAGGCUGUAACUACUUUGUUACAAAACACAAAUGUGCACAAAUGAUUUAGUAUUUUAGAACAUUAUUUUCUUCUUCAUGACUUGACUUCUGAAUGAGGAGUGUUUUUUCUAUUGUUUAGUUGUUUUUGGAAUUGUGGCUACUUCAUGAUACGUCUGCAGUCUACUGCUUGGGGUAGCAUUUUCUAAUUUUCUUUAAAUUGUUUUAGUUCAACAGUGUUACUGUCGGCACAUAACAUUAAGUAAUCUCUUGAAGGCUAUAUUUUGUCAAUUAAUGCUAUUAUACUGUUCUCUUUGUUACUUGUCCAUGUCAGUGUAUCUAUGCCACAGUUUUUUCUCAUAGGGUCAUGUGCUCUAUAAAAAAAAUUACUGUGGACUGUCUUGGUGACUAAAUUAUUGAAUUACUACCUGAUGGCUAGCUGGUAGGUUCUUUCUACAUAAACUUCAGUGGGCCAGUUUUAUGGCUUGCCACUUAUGGAUUUCGGCCCAUAAUUGCCUUUUUUAGUACAUUCUUUUUUCCUAUUUCUACAGUAUUAUUUAUAAAAAAAAGUCCUGUAUGAAAUAUACUUUGUGAUUCUUUAGCUUUUAUCUCGAUCACAUCUGUUGGAUUAUCAUGUUUCUCAUCACCAUUAUGUGCCUUUUACUCCAUGGAGUAUCUUAGUCACUCUUUCUUAAACAACUUGUAUUAAUUCUGCUGACAUAAUACUCAAAUUGAUUGUAAAUUUUUAAGAGGCUUUCUCAUCCAUGACUAGGUUCAGUAACCUGGACCUGCCUCUGUGCACCCUGCUGCAGCCACUAGCUCUAUCCCUGUCAGAGUGCCUGUAUAUCUCAUACCCUUCAAGACCUUAUUGAACAUGCCUUCCACUCAUCAUUAUCAACUUAUUGUUGAAUGAAGGCUGUUAUUAUUGUGGUAUAUCACUUGUAAAGAUACUUGGUACAACUGCAGCUUAAUGAUCUAUUGAGAUCUAGUAGCUGUGACUUUUGUUUUGAUGUGCUUUGGAUCCCCUUUGUUGCAUGAUUUAAUAGUUGCUUGCUUAGUGGCUAGUUAUCUUGAAGGUUUGUCUUAUUGCCAGACUUCUCUUAAGUCUUGUUGUAAAGUUUACUGCUUGCUUUUGAAAUUUAAAUUAUUUCCGAUUUUUCAUCAUGACAACGGAAGCAUAAUUGCAGUAUGCAAUCUUGUCACGCCUCUUCUGUAAUUCACUGGCACUUCCACCUAAAGAAUUUUUUUAGAACAUUUAAUCAGUCCAUAAAUCAUAGCACUACAAAUUCCUGGUAAUUUCAAAUUUUAUAUUACAUAUUUCUCGCUUCCUACCUUCUAUUAGAAUUAACAGUUUUUACUGAAUAUUAUUUACUGGUAAAUAUUAUAUUGGCUGCAAACUGUGCUACAGAUAGCUGUUGAGUUUCUUGCUCCUUUAAUAUCUUUUUCUACUUCUGCACUUUCUAUCCUCUCAGAUCUCUAUCCAAGGCCUUGUCUCCCUCCUCCCAUCUCUCCUCUGUGUUCUUCACGUCUGAACUCGCUUGCUCCUCUCUCGUCUCUAUUUCCUUCCUUCAAUUUCUUAUUCCCUUCUUCAGUCUGUCACCCUUGACUAUUUUAGUUUGCAUUCUUUAGUAAAUGGAUAUAUUUUGUUCCCAUUCCUUAAAAUUUGGCCAUGUAACACAGCUAAACUUUGUGGAGAUUAUGGCUGAACUCUCAAAUUGCAGCCUUUCACUUGUACACCUCACCUCAAUAGCUGGACAAACUAUGGCUUGUGGUAGUGAUACUGAUAUACAGUGUGUCCAAACUGGCACUGCAGUUACCAUUCAAAACAACUGGCAUUGACUAAUAAUAUUAUAAUCAGUACUGAUUAAUAAUUUGUGAACAUAAGACUGUGGCAGGUAGUGCUUGAGUGAGCAUUAUUUAAGUAAUCAUCAGUUGGAAACUGGAAGGACAACGUAAUUAUUUAAAGUUAGGUCUUGAAGGUACAUGUGAGACUGUUAUGACCAUCAUGGCAUAGCUUCUGGUUCUUUGAUGUGUGGAAGCGAAUAAAAUGUUACGUGUGAGGAAGACAAAAGCAGCAUUUGCACUAGAUUGUUUUUAUUGUAAUUGAAUAAUGAAUGAGUUGUACAAGACUAAGAGUAAAGUAGUUUUUGGAAUGAUGACUACUGUUGUGUGACACUGAAAGGAUGGAAGUGACAGUUGUCAGGCAAAAAAGCUACUUGAGUUUGUAGCAUUUAUUAAAAGUUAGGUGUAUUUACAUGACUUGACAUUUGAUGCUACUGAAAAAUGUGUCUUAGUGUUGGUAUGUGAAUGUAUGAUAACUGCAAAAUAUUGAGUGUAAAUACUAUAAGAAAUAACCAUGUGUGAGAGGACAAAUUACGUUUAAUUUCUUUACUUUGUUUUUUGCUGGGGCUUAAAACUUUAUGAAGAUUACCGGAAACACAUUUGUAUGGGAAAAUGGCCUGAAGUGAAAGUUAAGCAGUCACUAAGGUGCACUGUUCCAAAUACGAACAAAAUCUUACUUCUUAGAAUUGAACUUAAUAAUAACUUGGCCACAAAAUUUGUUUAACUUUUAUUCCGGGAUGGCAUUGUACUUUGUACAUCAUUUACAUAAUGCAUGAAGAUAUUUGUCUGUUGUGCACCAUUCAUGAAACAUUAAGACUGCAUGAGAGUUCAUGUUUAAUACCUUGGUUUCCUACAGCAAUAUUUCAGACCCAAAUUCACUAGUCUCCACAGAGGUGGCCCAUGCUUGAACCUUUAAAUCUAUUAUAUUCAUCCAGUCUCCUUUGUGUAUUUUUUUCUGUGUAUAUAAAUAUGUAUGUAUGAAUGUUAUUUUCUUAGGUCUUGCACAAUCUUUAGUUUUACUCUGUAAAAAGAGAUGUGGGGCAGAACUAGUGACCACAAGGCUUGACAAGUGGCAUUAUUAAGGAGAAAUAUUUAAGCAUGGGUUUUAAGUAAGCCAUUGUGAAUGUGUGGUGUAGCUAGAGGGGGGGAGCAUCAUGGGAACAUUAUACAUUUCAUCCUCAUAUUUUUUUACCUAUGAUGAUUUGAAAGGAUUUAUUGUUAACAUUUAUUUCUGAAGUAAGACCUAUGUUACUACAAAAGCAGCUUUAUUUAUUAAGGUUUUGAGUCACCAAAGCAUCUUUUUGAAUUGUUCACUUGAUUUUCUCAGAAUCAUGUUUAGGUUUAGCUGAAACAUUUGAUAUAGUAGUGAUGGGUCGUGGUAUUGACAUUUGAACAGAUAUGGCAGUGGUGGUGAAUGAUCCGUCAUACGGAACUUUUAAUGCAUCACCACAUAUAUUGAUAUUUACUUAUUAUCUGUGUAGUCUCUGCCAUAGUUUCCCAUCACAAUUACUGUGGUAAUAUUUAAUAUUUGAAUAUUUCUUAGUUGUAUGAAUUUCAAUUUUGGCUUAAGCAAAGAUUAUUUAACCAUAUGUACUAUUUAGACACUAUACUAAAUUUUGCAAUGACAGACCUUGUUUAUGUCGCCAAAUUGUUUUCCUCUCUGCAAGGAAGCAUUUUCGAAGUUAAUGUUAUGUCACUUCUGAAUCUAAACCCUCUAGAAAAAGAGCAAUACAAAAAUGGCCUUCAA